CGUUUGCAAAAAUAUCUCGAGGUUUUAUUAUAAACGUUUCCAAGUUACAAGCGCAUAGAUUAAAAGCGAACAAAUAUAAUGAUCAAUGAAUAUAUGCAAUGAUCCUUUCUAAUUCAAAGUACUGCUUUAAUGCAAUUUAGCGCAAUAAUAUAGAGGAGAUACGAAAUACAAAAGAAUGAUAGCCUAUAAUUAUUUAAGAAUAGCUAUCUAAGAAUUCAGUGUAACCCUCGCGAAACGUUCAUUCAGUAGGAGAGUGCUGCGGUUUUGCGACAAACUACCGCGUCUGAUCGAGUGCGCGGUAGUGCCUUAAUCUUUCUCGCAGGAUCCUAAGGAUCGUCAGUCCCGUCGUUGCAUCGCACAUUCAUUCGUAGAUCGAACCGGCCGGCCAGUCCAUCCCUACCAUCAUCCGUGGCAGAUCUCCCUCCGGAGUCCACAAAUGCACCCUUACGCCCGCGACUUCUUUCCCGAACUCUAUGCGAGAGCCCACGCGGGUGACGUCAUCCGGCGCACGAUUGGUCGAGCCGGUAUUCACGUGACCGCCCGCCUGGCCAGUGUCUGGAGGGUUGCCGAGGGACAGAAGGAGAUGCGCGCGACAAGGCGAGUAGGGAGAAGCGAGGGUGCGCAACGGAGAGGGAUAGCGAUAGGGGUAGAUAGAACGAUCGAGUAAGAAGGGAGAAGAACGAGGGUGUAGGAGAGACUGAAAGAGAGAAAGAAAGGGGAAUAGAGAAACGCAAAGAAACCCUAAGGGAUGAAGAAGGAGCGAGGGUGCACGAUACGAGGGGUAAGGUAGACAGAGGAAGGAGUAAAGUGGGAGAGAGAAAGAUCAGAAAUAUAGACGUUGGUGGAUUUACCGCGAUGGUGCGACAGAGAGAAAGAGAUAGGGGCGAAUACACGCAGAGAGGCGAGAGGGAUGGGCCGAGUGACGCGAGAGGGUAGAGCGCGCUGGAGGGUGAAAGAGAAACGACUGGUAGAGGGGAUCGUGGUGUGCAUCGUCGGAAGGGAAGGGGGUGAUCGCGAGACUCGCCAGUCAUACUGCGACGACCGCGACGCCCCAACGUCUCGGGGUGCCAUUUGUCCGCUCGUGACCUCGAAAAGCCUCGUAAUAAUCGUUCGCGACACGACCGGCGUUUCCCCGUGAGCUCUUUCGGGCGCGAUAACCAUCGGUUUGCCGCCGCAAGAUGAGUUAGGGAAAACGGAAGGAUCGAGUCAGACGAUCGUCACGACGAUCCGACAAAGUGUCGUCCGAUGACGAGAAAAUAGAGCAUCGGCAGUCGUGAAUCGUUUCUCUCGCAUGCUCCGCACGGUAAUGCGCUGCUCGAGCUGAGUCAAGCCGAAUCGAGCUGAAUCCACGUCCCGGAAAUUCUCGCGCUCGCACCUCGAAUCGCGCGCCUUCGCGCGUAAGAAUGAGCUAAUCGCGCGCGCGAAGGGUGACUUGUCAGCUGCAAGGUCUCUUUUGCGCGACACUUCCGGGCUCGCACGGGUAUAGAGAGGAACAUAAACCGGGUGCGCGCACGGCAACUGCCGUCGAGGACACUUUUAUAGUUGUGUAGAACGUGGCCACGAUGGUGCUCCACGGAGUGAAUCAAAACGGCCUCCUCUCCUUCGAGAAUCCCAACUACCACCUGGACCCGGCUCGGCUGGAUGAUGCCCUGAACAGCAACGGGAACGGUAGCUCUCUGUAUGACGAGUUGUAUCAGGAAUUGGUGGGCAGCGGUGGCAGAGGCGGCGAGGUGACCGGCGGCGGGGGAGGGGGUGGAACGAGAGUGCAGGCACGCAGAACCUACGCCACAUUGGAUCUGGGCAGCAUGGGGGUGGACGUCACCCAGGGCCCCCUCACGCAGGAUUCCGUGACGGACGAUGCUUCCGACAACACGGACAACCAUAACCUAGGGUACGGCUGCGAGGGUGUGGCGGAGUCCGCUCUCGUCGACGACACCCUCAACGGGAAUCCCCGCACGUCCUCGUCGACGUCGAGCGCGAUCCUGCCUCAAUCUCACGCCCUUCAGUCGGAAUCCGCGGGAUCGAUCGACGCUGCGGACACUUCCGGGUCGAGAAAUUAUUGCGAGAAACCCGACAACGAGACCGCAGAAAUGGGCGGCGUGCCGCACGUGGAGGGUGGCCUGAACAGCGAGCUGUACGCCGUGCCGGUAAAACGGCGCCAGCCGAAGGACCAGAAGAACAAUGCGAUUCUCCAGAACAAUACCCAGGAGAAACCGACGGACGUGGACAGCACCGAUUCCGAGGACAAAGAUGAGAAUCUGCCGUCUGGCUGGCAGAAACACGAGGACGAGAACGGACCUUACUAUUGGCAUGUGAAAAGCGGUAACAUACAGAGAGAACCGCCGGAGGCGCCGUUGCACACGAAAACAGAGGCACGCCGGAGCCUGAUCAAGGAUAAUGAUAGCAUAAACAAUUUUCACACAUUGAGCGGCGUGGUGAACACGGUAACGCGCAGCAACACGAGCUCGGCCCUGGACCAGGAAUUGGAGAACAAGAGGAAGGUGGAACUAGCACUCAAACGAAGAAGCUAUCCUGCGAGAGCGGACUCGGAGGGCAGGGACAAACCGAUCAGAUUCGCCGUGCGAUCCCUGGGUUGGACGGAGAUCGCGGAGGAGGACCUGACACCCGAGAGAAGCAGCAAAGCCGUGAACAAGUGCAUCGUCGAUCUCUCGCUCGGCAGAAACGACCUUCUGGACGUCGUUGGACGAUGGGGCGAUGGCAAGGAUCUAUUUAUGGAUCUUGACGAGGGCGCGCUCAAGCUGAUCGAUCCAGAGAAUCUCACUGUACUAAACACACAGCCUAUUCAUACGGUCAGGGUAUGGGGCGUAGGGAGAGAUCACUGUCGCGAGAGGGACUUCGCUUAUGUCGCAAGAGACCGAUCGACCAGGAAACACAUGUGCCACGUGUUCCGCUGCGAUAUACCGGCGCGCACGAUCGCGAACACGCUGCGAGAUAUUUGCAAGAAGAUCAUGAUCGAGCGCUCGCAACAUCAGACUCUCGCGAAACCGGUGGACAUCAACGGCCGAACGAGUCUGGCCACGAGGCCGACGAAUCUGCCCACUGAACACCGGCGCUUUCACAGAAACGGUCAGGCACUAGUCACGCAAUCCUUUCCGACGCCGAUGGAAGAGCCAAAGAAGGUGCUGCGAGCGCAGUAUCUCGGAUCUAUGCAGGUCAACCAGGCGACCGGCAUGGAGGUACUGAACGAAGCGAUAGAACAUAUCGUGGCGAACACGCCGAUCAAUCAAUGGCGAAACGUGAACGUCGCCGUAGCUCCUAGCAUGAUCUCCAUCCUUACGCCGAAUGAGGACAAGCUCAUCACCGAGUGCCGAGUGCGUUACCUAUCAUUCCUCGGUAUCGGUCGCAACGUGAAGCAAUGCGCCUUCAUCAUGCACACCGCGCAGGAUCUGUUCAUCGUACACGUCUUCAACUGCGAGCCCAGCAGCGGAGCCCUCUGCAAGACGAUCGAAGCCGCUUGCAAGCUGAGGUACCAGAAAUGCUUGGACGCACACCCGCAGGGCUUCAGAAACGCCAGCAGUCUGAACACCCCGAGCGGCAGGGGCUUGGGCGCGACCCUGAAAUCCUUGGUAGGAUCCUUGACUGGACGCAGGAACAAGCAGGGUGAAUCUUGAGACGAGGCUCUCUCGCUGCAGGAACUCUGGCCGCUGCCUGCUGAGCGAGAGGUGAUCCGACACAGGCAUCUGCAGUCGCCACUGACCCUCAAGUAUUUCGGCGGUUCGCCGCCGAGCGCAUCCCUCAAGUCGCUGCUCUCACCCUCCCUGGACACCAGGCAUAUCCAACUCGCCCGCUGGGAGAGCAACCCCUAGAACGGCGCGCGUCGGGGAUACAUGCCCGGAUACGCCCGAUCGAGGGAGAUGGUACGGCCGGGACAGGACGUACGGAUGUUCCCUUUAACGACGUAAACGACUGAAUCACGCGAAGGAAAUUCCGCAAAGUGCUAUACCAAUACCACAGCUAUAGUGGACUACGCUUACCUAUGUCGAUAUGAUGUUAUGUAUGUUAACGCAGUGUCCGAUGAAGAAGGGGCGGAAAGGGGUGAAACACAUCGCGGGGUUCGCCCCGUUCUGUCGCAAGACGCGUCGAUCCAGUCACGAAUCCUCGAAAAGCCAUCGUGCGCCGGUUUCGAGGAUGGCGUUCGCGAGGAACCGAGCUUGCGGGGUGAAUGAACGGAGCAGAGGGGGUACGAGGAAGAAUCAGGAUAGUUUGGAGAGAGCAAAACGUCUGUAUAUACAGGGCGGUGAUUAUCGCGCUAAAUUUAAUCAACUCGCUUGCUCGAGUAGCAGGCAGGGAGUUGGAAGGAGCAGCAGGUGGAGGCAGAGGCGGAAGAGGAAAUGAUGGAGAAACCCGCCAGUGGGAUUUCGCGAGCGAAUCGAGUUGCGUGCAUGUCGGAGAGUGUGAGUGAGCCGCAGUUAGCGUAGCACUAAGCGUAUAUCCGCGAAGGCAUUCGAGAGAUGAUUCGAGGGGAGCUAUAGAGAGCUUGCGUAUAUAUAUUAUAUAUAUAUAAAUAUAAUAUAUAUAUAUUAUAACAAACGAACAAAAAAACACACCUACACACAUACACAUGUGUGGAGAACGCGCUUCCACACUACACAUACACAGACACGCACACACGCACCGACUAUACCAGGUGUUCCACGAACGUGCCGCUCUUUCCUUCGUCGUCCGUGAAACUUACCGGACUUCGGAACGACGAAGCGAUGCGACGAAGUAACCGCCAGGGACACCCACACGCGCACGUUAACACGACGGCUAAGUUAGGGAGUUUAUUUUUUAUGACGACUUAGUAGGAGCUUUAGAGAGGAGAGCUUGCAGCACCUCGGAGAACACGAGAAGCCGAUACGACAAAUACUUAUACCGCGACCGUCCUUUUAGACUUCAACCGGGGGGAGGGUAGAGGAGGGCAGUUAGGCGGAAGAUGAGUGGCGUGAUGCGACUUGAAAUAUCGGAGCCGCACGCGCGAUAAUCACGUGCAAUAAACGUUUGCCCGGCACUCGGACGGGAUUUACGUCCGCGUUACGGUAAUAGCCGUUAAGCCGCGAGUAAUACGGCGGUAUUGACGAUUUAUUGCCGUCGGUGAUAACUAUUACUCUCGUAAGCGCGCGAGACGGCAAUACGGUAAUUAUUAAUCGCUAGAAUUGCUGAAAAAUCGUAUGCAUAUCAGGCCAUCUCCUACUUCUUUCGAUUCGCUGUUCGGCGGACCGACGUUCGGCGUCUCGACGGAGACGCCCGUCGCGAAAGGAGUCGGGUGUGCGAUUUAAAAAGACGUUCCGCGUUCACUAGCGAUUUGCCGCUGCUGUCGUAGAACUUAGAGAGCUGCGAACUUAUACAGAUCGAGAUUUCGUACUCGACGCACCGCGUGAGUCACGAUACACGUUCAUUCAACACAAUUUACACACGUGUGCGCACCGAUUAACGAUUAACGCGUGAACGAGACUCGCCGCUGUCGCUGGUUCGAAGAUGUAGGCACCACGAUUACGCGCGACACACCUGCUCCCUAAUCUACGCCUAAUCUGUUAUUAAUUUCCCGUCGAUCUUCUUAAUCCUCGCCGUUAUUUAACGAUCGACGCUCGCGAAUGACCUCCGUGACGAGAAGCAGCGGUGUUUCGAAGAUACCACAAUAAUAAAUUCGCUCGCCGAUUCCCGUUCAUCGAAUCCCGAGCCGAGUCUCUUCGAGACACACCCUAGUGGUAUUUAUCGCGAGAAGAGCGAUCGUGCGACGGAAAUCGCAAUCUCCUCCUAGUUUUGCCUCGUGAGGGAUUUCCUUUCGGUCGAGCGCGAUCCUGGUCCUCCUGCGAGGACGGUCACGUCGUACGAGCCAUCGUCGUUGCGAGAGAUACAAAGUUGUGCGGGACCCAGAACGAAGAUAUUUCUAUGUAGCGUUUUAAAUAGGAGACAAGAGAAGAUGAGAGAAGUGAGGACGCAAUAGAGGAAAAAAAAAAAAAAUGUUGCGGGAGUGUGAGCGUGAGAGGGUGAGUAUGCAUGAAGUAUGCCGCCGGGGUCGCGGGGAGGUGUAGGCCGAUUAAUAUUAAUUAUUAAUGUACAUAGUUUGUCGCGCGACGUUUCCCUCUCUGUCACCAUUGCCGCGAAUCCUUCCUUCUUUCGUUUCGCGUCGCGAGAUCGAACACGGUAGACGAUCUUAAUGAACGCGAGCCGAGUGAGUCUAAUUAAACGCGCGAUGCAUGCGUUUGAUAUCGUUGUACAGUUGCAUCCGGGCGAGCAAUUGCACGCCAGGAUGCUGCGAAUCUGCGACAAUUCCCAUGAUCGUGAGAGAGGGCUCGACGGGAGGAGAACUUGAUCGGGAAAAUCGGAUCUCUCGCCGUCGCCCUCGAAAAUGAGGAUCCUAAUCCGGUCCUCGCGCUUUCGCUUCGCCGUCUCACGGAUCUACGAUCGCGGGAUCGAUCGGUGAUCUCGGUCGAUCGCGAGACGCAAUUUCGCAACGCGCGAAUCUCUGCCUGUCCCUUUCAGCUCGCUCAUUUUUCUUUCUUCUCUUUCGGAGGGAAGACAGCCUCGGGAAAAAAUAAAAAAUGGAAUAAAACGAAGCGCGCGCGCGCGCGCGCGCGUGAGAGAGAUGACUUGACGAGCGGAUUGGGGAUGUAAAUACGAUAUACACGUGUAGAGAGUAAGGCCGGAGCUAUGGAGUUCAAUCGACACCGACACACGCACACAUACAUAGACUCACACGUCUCACGCAUCAUCGCGAUGCACCGCGCACGUGCCGAUACAUUGUUCCUCACGUUUACACGGCGAUACAGACACAUGUCCACGUCUACGAGUAUACACACAUACGAGAGAGAGAAAAACUACCCACGUACAUACACGCACGCACUCACGAAUUGCGCAUACCUUAACUGUCUCUUUAUAUAGGUGUGUUGACAUGUCGUCACGGGAGAAAUAUUCUCGAAUGGGGGAGGGUGGUGGAUUGAAGGGGGAUCAAGGGGGAGGGCUGGAUUUCGGGUGAUGAAGAACGCGACAAGGGUCACUUGCAUAAUUGACAUAGCAUAGCGAACCUUACUGUAUUUACCGUGACAUGUAAUAACUUUAACGAAGAAGAAAUGCGAAUCUACUGAUAGAAGAGUUGUUCUGCACAAAAAAGAAAAAAACACAUGCUUCAUUGAUAAUUAUAGUGUCUCUCUCUCUCUCUUUCUUUCACUUUCUCUCUUUCUCUCUGUCUUUCUCCAGCUUCCUCUUUCCUCUCCUCCUUUUUCUUUCUUACCUCCUCUCUCCCUCCCUUCUUUGAGAGAAAUACAUAUCUCUCCCUCUAUACCUUUAUACUAAUUGCUAAUUAAUUAUCAUUUUCGACACGAGGAGUGCUUUACAUCCGACGGGACUCGCGGUCAUUAUUACGAAUUGAUUGUGCAUUACUUGAAGAAUUAUUCGACGCUAUUGCCUCACGAAAGCCUCAUUGUUACUACUACAUUGUUGUCAUGAUCAUCAUUAUCGUCGCGUUAUUAUAGACGACAGACUUUAAGGAGCCGCCAUCGUCGUAUUGUCAUACUAUAUAUUAUAUAUUGUUACUACAGAGAGACUUUUGCAGACGCGAGCGGGGGAGAGCGGGUACGUCUCACCAGCGUGUGAUUCGAUUACGCGGGGAUUCGGCCGCCGAGAUUUAGGAUCGAGGAAAUGAAAGUUUCGGUAAUGCGUCCCUCUAUUGGCACGACGCGCGUUAUUGCAUCUCUCUCCACUUCGCGAUUGUGCGACUUCAAGCGCGCUGGAGCCGCCCUUACGGACGCCCUUACGCACCCACUCUCUCCCUCGAACGAUAACUCACCCGGUGCGUCGCGAGAAUCGAUCCUCGCGAGGCGAUCCGGGUGACGAGCGCUUAAUUAAGGCGAUUAAUUAAGGAGAAGCGAGACGAAAACACCCGUUCUGAGUACGUUCGCGUUCAGAACGAUUUGCCGAGGUCCGGCGAAUCGUACGUAAGCGAAGCAAGAGAAGCCGGCAGCGGGGUUCUAUUUGGACAGACACACACACAUGCACACACAGAGGGAGAGAGAAAGAGAAAGAGAGAGAGAGAGAGAGUUUACACAGAGACACGCAGAAUUUUAUAAAGUGGAAUCCCGCUGCAACGAAACUAAAAAUUAAGAAAACCGGAGAAGGAGAAUAAAAAAAGAGGCGACGCCGCGGAUAAAAGAUACGGCGCGUUUCGUGUGCGAGAGGACAAAUACUUUGUAUGCACCCGCCUCCAUUGUUCAUGCCCAUUUGUAUUGCGUAGUUUCGGCCGAUCGUUAAUCACGAAUCGGUCGCGAGAUACUAUUAUAAAUAUGAAUAUAAAUAUAAAUAUAUAAAUAUAUAUACAUAUGUAUACAUUAUACAUGAUGAUAUAUAUAUAUACAUAUGUAUAUAUAUACAUAUAAAAAGCAAGACAGAAAUGAAAUUACUGUAACUACACACCUGCCUCUUGUGAAUAAAUGCCUAUUUGUUUCU